UAUUAUUGAUUUUUCGUCAAUCAAAUAUAACUUUAUUUUGUACAAUAUUAUAAUUAUUAUUAUUCAUUCAAGAUCAACAAUAUACUUUGCUUUUACAAUCAGGAAUAACCUUAUUUUGUUUUGAUUAAUUAUGAUGAUUAUUUAUUCAUGAAUAAAAUUAAAAACUAAUUUAUUUAUUACAGUUAUGGAUUUUAUUGAACCUCCGCUUGAUGAAAAAGACACUGCUGAAGAACAGUUUUCAGCACAAAUAACAUUGAAAAAUAAAUUUGCAGUGAUAUGGAAAUUUAUAUCUCCAUUUAUUAUUGAAAGUCGUGAUGAACUUAACAAAACGGUUGGCGACUCAAUGCAUUGGAGAAAAAUUGGUAACAAAGAAUACACUACUUCAACUUCUCAAGAUUAUUUACGCAAAUCAAUUGAAGCAUAUACCAAGAGUAUUGCAUUUGCACCACUUGGGUCCAACGAAUUGUCAUUGGCUUAUGCAAAUCGUUCAGCUGUAUUGUUCAAGGCAAGACUCUAUGAAGAUUGUUUACUUGACAUUGAACGUUCAUUAAAAUCAGGCUAUCCAGGUGAAUUGAAAACAGCAUUAUUUUUACGUCAAUCAUUGUGUUUCAAGGCCUUGAAAUCAAACUCAGACCUUGAAGCAAGUAUUUCCAUGGUUCAUGCAAUACGCUGGCUUCCUGACUUGAAAAAUUAUAAUCCAGCAUACGACAUUACCAAAGAGUAUCCAAAAAUGAUCAAUGAAAUUAAAGAACCACGUGAAAUUAUUAAAUUUAUACCAGAAAUACAAACUGAUAAUGCAAUAAUAGUUGGUGCAUCUGAUGCAAUUGAAUUGAAAAAAACAAAUGAUAAUAAUCAACAUAUUGUUGCAACAAGAGACAUCAAAUCUGGUGAAUUCAUUUACAUUUGUGAGCCACUUGCAGCAACUCCUAGUAAUGAAUUACGUUUUACUAGUUGCUGGCAUUGUUGUCGCCAAACGUGGGCUGGUGUACCAUGUAAUGAUUGUCCAAACAUUAUAUAUUGUUCUGACAUAUGUAAAAGAAAAGCAUGGGACAGUUAUCAUAAUCUUGAAUGUGUUGUAUUAAAACAAUUUGUUAAAUCUGAAAAAAUGGAUACACAACAAUUUUUAACAGUCAAACUUUUUUGUCAGGCACUAAACUCAGCUGGUGGUUUGCUUGAAUUAAAAAAACAAAUUGACAACAUUGACUCAAUGAAUAAUGAAGAAUUUAUUUCAACUAAUGGUAUUUUUGAUGGUAAUACCAUUGAUAAUUUUCAUCGUCUUGAUUAUUCGAUGCCAACAUUGAAGGGAGAUAAUUUUGAGUCUUUGGCAUUAUUUCCAGCAUGGAUUGUAUCAAUUUUGUGUCAAAAAACUUAUAUAGUUGGUAAAAAAAUGACAGUAAAUGAAUUGAUCAACGAGGAAAAUAAAAACAUAUUUAUUUUGGGAGAGAUAUUAUUGCGUUAUAUGAUGAUUGUACAUCACAAUGGUCUACCGUUGAUAGUAACAGAACCUGAUAGUACUCUUGUAUGGUCAAAUGUCAUGGUACCAUUAUGCAAGACAUUCAAGAGAAAUCUUGAUCCAAAUGUCGACUGGACUCAUGCGGAUUCAAAAGUUGGAUUCUACACUUGCAAGCCAAUUAAGCAAGGAGAAGAGAUACUUAUAAGUACUUCUGGUCCAUGUUUUAUAACAUCACAAACUGCAAGACAUGUUGCAAGUAUAUAUGGUCGUGUAGCAUGUAAAUGUGUAGGAUGUGAUAAAAAAUUGAUGAUCGUUGAAUACCUUCCAUCUUAUCACGAUGUACCGAUCGGGACUCGAAUCACUCGAGAAUUUGAUUGUAUGAUGCUAAAAUUAAAAGAGUGGGAAUUUGUCAUCGAGCAUGGAGACACCGAAGAUCUAUUAACAAUCAAGAAUGCUUUGAACAACAUAAAUGAUAAAAUUCAUCAAAACAUUUCUGGUCCUUGCUACGAAAUAGCAUGUACAAUUUUAGCGCUUAAAUCGUUGAAUUAUCGUCUACUUACAGUUCUUGAUCCUCGCCAGUAAUUAUUUUUCAACCAAAAAAAUAACAAAAUUCUAUUUCAUAUUUUUUUUACAAUAAUGUUCAUUUUUUUAAUAUAAUCAACAAAAGUAAACGAUUGAAACUAUCAUUACUUGAAUUUUUUUUGGAUUAUAAAA